GCUCUUACUAAGUAUUCAGUGUUUUUACUAGAAAAAGACAGAAAUGAAUUUCCGUGUAGCCAUCGUAUCAACAAAGACUCCCCUCCCUCGACCCUAAACCGUUCCUCCAAAAAUUUUAACACCUGUAAUGAGCUAAAUAUGCAUUCCAGGUAGCGCUACAACGAGUUUAUCACUGCCGAUAGAGUAAUAACGAAGAAAUUCCGCUUUUCCUCAACAAAAGGUCGUGUGUUUGAGCCGGAACAAUGUCGACAGCCCUUGAUUUCCAUUCUCAGAUAGCUUCCAUCAUGGAGGUGCUGGCCAACGCGGCCGUCGCUGAAAUCUGUAAAGUUGUGGACGACGGAUACGCUGUGGUUCAUCUGGAAAUGUCCCAGAGCCAGAAGGAGAACGAGUUUCUCCGCAGAAAAAUCAAACUGUUGGAGCUGCAGAUAGCACGGUACCGCGCGGAGAGAGUCAAGGGUCCGGAGGGCUCCAUCAGCAGCCGCUUCCCCGGGGUCCGCCUCCUGAACCGGCAGCACCGGGAUACACUGGCUGGCCCCUCUCUGCAGGGCAGGACCAGGUUUCUGAACAGAGGUCCCGGAAUUCACCAGUCCCUACAGAAGACCCAGCCCAUUAACCUGGACCAGGACCCUGAUCAGGAGGUGGUCACCACUACCAAAACUGAGUCAGCAGAGCCCGAAGAGGAGGGGGAGCUGCUGAUCGUCAAGGUGGAGGGAGCUGUGGAGACCGGUGACGCUGAGCAGGAGGCACCAGCAGAGGCCAGCAUCAUCACCAGAGGAGACGGCGUCACAUCCCCUCCUGGCGGCCAGAAGGAUUGCAGCGACGCCCAGGCGGCCAGACGUCGCAGCGAAACGGAGGGCCAAGGAUGUCUGAAAAACAUGAGCAGCCCUCAGAGCAAAGAGGAGAACCUGGAUGAAAUACAAGAUGACUCUACUGCAGCACAGCUCCCGGAGAAACACAGUCCCUCUCAAACGCUGCAAGAAUGGCCAGAGAGCAGUGAGACUGAGGACAUGGAGCGGCCAUCUUGCUCCACGUACACCCCAGAGGCUAUUCCAGGAAAUUCAUCAUCAUCGCCACCAUUCCCCAGUUUCCCCUCUGUUUCCAAAAUGCCUAAAGGCAACACUGACAUGGAAAGCUCUAGGUCUAAGUUUGAUGUCAUCGUAAUCGACUCGCUUUCUAAUGAAAUGGACGGCUGCGAUGCCGCGUUGUCCUGGGUGCAAGGCAGUGACAGGGGAGGCGGGGAAGACGGCACACCUCCCGGGAACCAGGGCAACACCAGUGCCAGGCCUCAGUUUCAGCCUCUCCCUUGUAUUCAAGUGACAAGCAGACAGAACCCACCCAGUGACCUGGUGUUUGAUGGGAAUCGAGCGUACGGUAAUCGACUUUCCACCUUUAAGAAUGCCCCUGUCGCCAUGGGGACAGUGGACUCCCAGCAACAGCAAACCCAGCCUCUUUGGUCUGGCAUUCAACAGAUGCCUGACGCCCCGCUUCUCUCUCACCUCAGUGCCAAUCACCCGCCACCCUCCAAUCAAAAUCACAAUUCUCAACCUUCAACCAGUCAGAACCAAGAGUCUGGGCCCACAGGGUCUCAGUCCCAAUCCCAGCAGCAGCAGCAGCCGUACCUUCCCUACGCUUGUGCCUUCUGCGCACGUCGGUACGCCCACCUGUGCCAGCUGCGGAUUCAUGAACGCGUCCACACGGGGGAGAAACCGUACCAGUGCGCCCAGUGUGGAAAGAGCUUCGGCCAGUUUUGUAGCCUGAAGCGCCACCAGAUGGUCCACACAGGGGAGAGGCCAUACCGCUGCACCCAGUGCGGGAAACAGUUCUCUACCUCGAACAACCUGAAGGUCCACCAGAGCGUCCACACCGGGGAGAAGAGGUUUCACUGCUCGCAGUGUGGCAAGAACUUCUCCUUCCUCAGUAACCUCAUCAGGCACCAGGCUAUACAUGCUGCCAAGGCCGCUUGUGUUCCAGGACUAGCUCUGUUUUGGUCCAGUGGAUUUGAAGCAGACCAAGAGCUCUGGGAUGAAGGCAGCGUACCAGUUUUGGGCCGUAGGGGAGAUGGUGCCAGUCUGGGACGUAGAGGUGUUGGUGUUGGCCUGAGCUGUGGCUCUGGGGGCCUCAGUCUCGGCUCCGGCUCUGCCUCUGUUGUCCUCUAUGAGGGGACUGAGUCUGGCCCUCUUGGAUCCAGUCUGACCUGUGGCCCCUCUGAUGGGGAGCUCCUGUCAGAUUGCGAGAGCCUCCCGGAACUUCCGGGAGAGCUGGCGUCCAUCAUGGAGGUUUUGGCUAACGCGGCGGUGGCGGAGAUCUGCCAGCUUGUCGACGAUGGGUUCGCCACCCUGCGGCUGGAAAUAUCCAGGACCCAGAGAGAGAACCUGGCUCUCAAGAGCAAACUGCGGCUGAUGGAGGUCCGCUCGGGAGGACGCAGCGCCAGGAGAGCUCCCGUCCCGCCGCUGGUGUCGGUGGUGGUGGCAGAGCCCCCGGUGGAACCAGAAAUGGUGGUGAUCAAGGAGGAGAGGCUGGAGGACGAGCUGACGGGCUGCAGCAUUCUGGAAGACCGACAGAUGGCUCCGAGUAGCAGCAUUGGGCUUCAGUCUCAUUCUGUUGCUGCAGAGAAGGACCACCAUGUGAAUGUUGAUGUGUCAUUGAACAUGAAGGAAGCAGAAAUACCCAGAAUCAGCCUUUCAGGUCAAUAUGAGGCAGAGGACCUUGCCCAACUUGAAGCUCAGCAGCAGGAUAAGGAGGAGGGGGAGGCCGACAGCCUCAAGAUCCAGCAGCCAGACAGCAGAUACAACGCCUACGAUAAAUACCAUCCACCAGACAUGAACCACGGUUUGGUGACAGGAAGCCCUGGCCCAAAUGGAACCAAAGAAAUCGCAGAAUUGUCUUCCCACACAGAAGAAAACAAAGAUGUGGGUGAUGUGAAUCCAUGUGGUUCUUUAUCUGUGGCAGAGUCCAGUAGCAGUAAGGGGCUUGAUGCAGAGGCUACCUUUAUAAAGACACUGGAUGCAGACAUGUCCCUGGCAAAUGUUGGGAUGAAUGGUUUGUGUGGUACUGUGCCAUCUGUGGUGGCAGACUGGAAAAGAGAAGCAGCUGAGAUGGGUUCAGCUCCUGUUAAAAUGGAGACAGAAAUGCAGCCCUCCUGGACUGAAGGGGCUGCCUUCGGGACAAAUCUACCCUUACUCACCAUCUCUAGAAAAGACAAAGAGGAGCUUCAAAUAAACAAUAGCAAAUUAAUCACCAGUACCAACAACUGUAUUACUGAUAAUAGCAACCUUUCCUCACAGAGUCACCACGGAGAAAGUGAAUCAGCAGAAACCAAGCCCGGUGAGCUGGACAGUGGCGGCUUCGACUCGCCCUCCUUCAACGAUCUGUUCUCCUCCCCAGAGGUGGCUCGAUCUUUGAUCGCUCCUCACAAAGACUCCACAGACAGUGUUGGAGGCAUCGAGGAGCGACUGCCUUCAUCUUCUUUUCCAUUCCUGACCAGCAGGACCCGCUCUGCGAACCCUGCUUGUCCAACAUCCGAUUCUCCAGCUGACUCAAGCCUCAGAAGCCCUUCCUCCGAUUCUCGAAGCAGAGGCUUCCUGAGUAACCCGGAGCGGGUGUUCAGCUGCCAGCAGUGCGGCAGGCUGUUCUCCAACUCCAGAGACCUGGUGGUACACCAGCGAUCCCACGCUGGGGAGAGACUGUUCCACUGCCCUCUCUGCAAGAAGCCCUUCCUCCACCUGCACCAGCUGAAAACCCACCAGCGAGUGCACACCGGGGAGAAACCGUUCAGCUGCACCCAGUGUGGGAAGCGCUUCUCUCAGUCCAGUCACAUAAAGAGACACAUGAGCGUCCACACCGGGGAGAAGCGCUACAGCUGCGGCCUGUGCGGGAAGCGUUUUUCCCAGGCAUGCAGCCUCAAGGUUCACCAGGCCGUCCACACAGGAGAGAGACCCUACAGCUGCACGCAGUGCGGCAAGUGCUUCUCUGUGCUCGGGAACCUGGUGAGGCAUCAGAGUGUUCACAUUGGAAAAGCAGCAAUGGCGAUGAUGGCGGACUGUGUUGGUUUUCAAGCGCAAAUAGCCUCGAUCAUAGAGAUGCUGGCCAAUUCGGCGGUGGUGGAGAUCUGCAAGCUGGUGGACGACGGCUACGCUGCCCUGCGCUCCCAGAUGGACCAGGAGCGAGAGAAGAGCGAGAAAGAGAACGACGCGCUGCGACAGAAACUACGAGAAAUGGACGUGAAGAUGCGAAGCUACGAGAGGAAGAUGAGGAGACGGAAUCAGCGGGAUGAAAUGCACACCGUUCAUUUUAGGCCACCCGAAGGGCCUGAUGACCAUCAGCCUCUGGUGCCGCCGCUUUCCACUGGAUCUGAGGAGAAAACAUUUCAUCAGAUUACAAAGCAGGAGGAGACCAAGGUGCUGCCACUGAUCAAGCAGGAGAAAGUAGAGAGAGACGAGUGCAACCUGGACCUCAAAGUAGAAGUCAACAUCCGGGCAGAGUGCGGCCUGUCUGCUGCCCUAGAGCCCAGUGAGGAAACCAACCCCAGUGAUGUUGCUCUUGACACCAGUGCCACCACUAUUGCCUCCUCCACUCCCCAGGCCUCCUCUUCCCCCACUGAGGCCACGAUGGACCUGACCUGCAGGCCUCGAGCAAAACGCAAGGCCGCCAAGCCUCUUGGCAGCAGUCUAACAGCGCCCAGUGGGGAUGUGGCAGCUGGAGCGAGCUUAACGGAUGUCGUUCUGAAGCCAGAGAUCCAGAUGGACGAAGCCGUGGAAGAUGAACAUCAGUCUUCUCAGCUGACGGCGCCCGUAGCUUCAGAUGAGCCCAGCCCCGACCGCCUCAACAGCCUCGGCCUCGACCUUGCCUGGAUGCAGGAGAGGGUCAGCCAUCUUGGGGCAGCGUUUGCCGUGGCACAGCUGGGCCUGGGGAAUGCAGAAACUGGCCACCCCUCUGCCUCCUUUCCGACACAGGGAGGAGGGGACAGCCUAGAUGGCCCUCCCACCAUGCUCUUCCCAGGCGGCGCUCACGAAAUGGCGGCUUUUGCUGCCUCCUUUGACAUGGCUGCAGCUGCCGCUGCUGCGGCCGCCGCUGUAGCUGCACCUCCACCGCCACCUCCUCCACCUCCUCCCCCUCCAGCUCCUCCCUCUGCCACGACGACCAGCCCAAGGCGGCCGUACAGGGCUGGUGGCACUGCAACUAAAGAGCCCAUGGUGUGCACUGUGUGUGGGCGCGUCUUCCCCAGUGCAGCCGCCCUGGAGCUGCACCAGCGGGUGCACACAGGGGAGAGACCCUACAGCUGCCCACACUGCGGGAAGGGAUUCGCCCAGCCCAACAACCUGCGGGUCCACCUCCUCAUCCACUCUGGGGAGAGGCGCUACAGAUGCACACUGUGCGGCAAGAGCUUCAUCUCCUCCAGCCACCUGAAGAGGCACCGCACUGUCCACACCCAGGAGAAGCCCUACAGCUGCUCGCGCUGCGGACAGUCCUUCAGUCAGAUGUGCAGCGUCCGCCGCCACCGGCAGCAGUCGCAGUGCGGCCUGUAAGACUGAAUGACAGAGAGUUGUGGGAGUGGCUGAAGUGCAUGGAGAGGAGUUUGGUGUCUGGAUCGCAUCCUUGUAAAGGACGGACUAACUAGGCCCCAAGUGUUAGUAUUAAAAAUCCAAAUCCCUUUAAAAGGGAAUUCAUGCAUCUUUUUGCCACAGUAUGAGAGGGUUAAGUUAAUAACUUCUCUCUCAAAGGUAGAAUAAGAACCAAGGCUGUAACCUGUGAUGUCACCACACUUAGAAGUGAUACUUUUCCAAGAUCAUAGCAGUAAUAUGUGAAUUCUGUUUUCGGGUGGAUUUUCCCUGUUAGGCACUCUCACAUAAGCAGAGAUUGUGCUCUAAAAGUAAAAUAUAAUCCAUCCAUUUGUCACAAACAGGUCAAUGUGGUGACAACCUACCCAGUGAAUUGCAGGUACCCAAACACACAAGAUGAUGGCUCAAGCUGGUCACAUAGUUGUUUUGAAGUCACCGUUGCGACGCGCCGACACACCGGUGACCUCGGCCCUGACAAUACAUUCCCACGCAGUGCAUGACGCCGUGUGUUUCCACCCCACACUGCUGAGGUAGGCCGCGACGUCUCUACAACAAAGACAUUUUGCAGGUGAUUGUUUAUGGGAGCUAUUUAGCCUAUGCAAUACAUAUUACCAUUGUCAACAUGGUCCGUGAAAUGUCUUUUUUCUCCUGCAAUAAAGUGCAGUAUUUAGAGCAGCUCAGGUGUAGGUGAGCUUUACUGCAUUCUAAUAAAGUAUUCAAAUACAUCAUAGGUCACAGUUUUGCUUGAGUCAGGUAAAUGUCUCAUCACAAUGAACAGGAGAACUGCAGUGACUUCAACUGCAAACAAGAGACAGGAAUGAUUUUUUUCGUCAUUUUGCAGGAAUUUAAUGCGACUGUGACAUCACCAGUUUUUGGUGCAAUAGCUGACAGACGAUGGUCUGCAAUCUGGAAAAAACAAACGCUAAAGUUUGCUCCCUCGCCUCACUGCCGUGUUUUGGGUCUUUGCGCCAUGGGAAGCUGUUGCAACGGUGACUUCACGGGAAGUCUGCAGGAGCCUUAAGUGAUAAUGGAGGAAAGGGUUGGUGUUUAUGUUGGGUCGGUUUUGCUGGUGAUGGCAGCACACAGUGAUCAGUGCAAAUUUCCGCCAGCCAUUUGGUGAACCCGUGUGAACUAAAAUUUGAACAAUAGUCACUAGACAGCUCUGCGGCCCUCAAGUAACAAUGGAGUUGUGUUACAAAAUUGAUGUAAAAUGCACUUUCAGUGUGCUUACCACAUGAUGUUAAGCCCCUUAAGUGAACAUAAGUCCAGCCAUGCCUUAUCCUAGAGUGACCUCUGAAGCCAGAUCCACACCUCCAGACUUCCAUUUCAUUUAGUUUAGUUUUUUUCAUUAAUUUUAUUUAGGACUGUUUGCACUACAAGAUUUCAUUUCUUGCACUAUAGGGACGCCAAUGUUUAGAUCUUUAGAUGUAGAUAUUUCCCUACAAUCAUGGUGACGUCUGAGAUGGAGUUUAAGCUCUGUUGUUUCCUGCUGUGUGACUGAUUUUAAGUGACUUUUCACUUUGGAAGAGCAUUUACUUUCAUCUGUCUAGAAAUCCAUCACCACCUUGAGAGAUAACCCAUAUUAUCAAUAAUUGCAUUUACCUCUGAAAAGCACGUGUCACAAUUUGGACAUUUGUUAGAAUUAUGACUCCAGCCAGCUUGUUAAUGGUCCCAAUGAUUUGUACAAGUCUCUUCAAUUGCAUGAGGAAGAGCUCUGAGAGAUUCAUAUUUUGCUUACCACUUUUUUUUCUUUUUUUUUUUUUUUGCUUUGACUGGCAAAUGUGUUUGGAGUGUGAGUUCAAACAGAAACAAACCCCCCAAAACUCUCCGUCUGAUAAAACUGAAGUUCAAGGUAACAGGGGACCUUCAUCAAGGCUACGUUUGGUGGUUGUCUUUCCAACCCUCUAAAAGGGUCAAAUGUUCUUCCAAAGUGAUAUAUGUACACAUUACCUUGAUAUCAUGUCCAAGCUAAACAAGGGCAGUUAACAUAUCUCAGGGAAAUUGAAUCAGGUCAACUGGACUUUGUUAUAGACUAGACUUCACUAGACUAGACUAACCAGUCUAGUCUAGUGAACAGCGUGGACUGAUGAAGCCACUUGGAUAAGGGGGGGAAACGUCUUCUAGACAUGUAACUAAAGUCCAGUUGACCUGAUUCAGUUUCCAUGAGAUGCCUAUGACCUGGACAAAUGAGAAUAUGCACAGAUACAGUUAACAUCCACUUUUGUUCUCCACAUUAUUUGAACAAUGUAGCAUCUCAUCAGAAUCUGAUGGCUUCAAUCCAUGUUGAACACUAGCAGUACAUUUUUACAUUUAAAGGUGACACUGUUACCCAGAGGAAUUUAAAAUGUGUGAGUAGGUAGGAAUUCACUGAUUGAAACCACUUCCACUCACAACACCCCCAGUUGUGUGACAUCCUGUCCGACCCCCUGCUCACCAUAUUGUCCUGUCCCAUUUCCAUGCGCAAAAAUUUUGCGCUCUUUCACCAUCACCUAUGUCGAGCAAUAUUUUUUUAUAAUGUAUUUAUCGUUUAUAGCCUACUCUGUGACUCUUGUUGCUACGGUAAUGUAUGUACCUGCUGACAGUUCCCAUCCCUGCUAAGGGUAGUAUUGUCCAUCUCCACCGGCCGUGUGUCAUGGUGUUGAGAGCAACAUGGGACCUGAGCAGGUGGAAGCUGUGAUCUCACACCUAGAGCAUUUUGAUUACACCCAGGCAUGGAACUCUAGGGAAAUCUUGACAUUUUGAAUUUUACUCUGUCUGCUGGAUUUUAUUUUCUUAGGUUCUUGUAACUUCGUAAGUAAACUUAAGUCAAAGCAGUCAACAAGCACACAUGCACAUCUGUUUUUAGGCGCUGAGUCUCAGAGACGUUGAUUCAGAUUCAGUAGAAAGACUUGUAACACUACAGACGCUCCCAAUAUUUUUCGGUUUUAUUGUUACAUUUUGGAUCAAAAAAACAUUCUUCUGAGCCGUUACAGGCUCGCCAUCAGGCGACCACAGAGGCUACCUGGUCAAGUCUUUCUACUGACUCUGAGUCAACACUGAGUUAACACUGGAAUUUUGAUUUGGUGGACAAAUUGUUGGAAAAAAGUACAGCAUUUGUCCUUUAGUUUCUUUACAACGGCAUUUUAGCAUUCCUUCCAAAAACCAUAAAAACCAAAGAGCAGUACUAGUGCCCAGUUUGCAGCUAGUUGGUCUUGGUUUAAGUGAACAACACAAACAGGCUGUGUCUGGAAACUUCCAGCCACGUUGCUUCUCUGGCCUUGCCCAAUCAGAGAUGUCACAGGGAGGAGUUUUCAUCAGGUGUCAGUGGAAAGGUUCCCAUGUGACUUUUGGAACUUUCGGCUGUUGCCAAAGGUACAACCUAGAUGAAAGUUUCCGCCUUUGCAGGGCAGUCCACAGACCUUUCUGCCAUAUGUGAUUUAGUGUGUUUAUACGCUAUAGGGUUAUGUUCACUUAGUAAGUUGAGCAGGAACAAGAUCAUUAAAUUGUGGCGUCAGUUUACAAAGUUGUGGGAAUGAGCUUCUUAUUAUAUUGCUUCAACCCCUCAAGUCCACAUGGUAACAAGAUCAGGUGGGACGGUUAUUGAUUGCAUGUUGGGAUUGACACAAGCCCGUUAGCUUUUAAUAUCCUGAUUAAAUCUCUUGCUGAGCACUGUUUUAACCUGACUCUUCCAGCUCAUCCAUCGAGUUCACUUUUAUUUUGACUUGCGAAACCAUGUGACCAUGCUCCAAACAAUGUGUUACUGGAAGCCACAAAGUGGCCCCAGCAGUCAGCGGUGUCAGGGCCUGCGGGUGUGGCUCGUGAUGACAACCUCGAGAAGCUACAGAGCACCAAAUUGGAAAACAAAAACAGAACAUCAACAGAGAUUUUGAGGGCUUGAUUGGACGAGUAGGCUAAUAAUGAACAGAUGGUUGAUCAGUCACCUGUUAAGUAAAUGCUCAUUGCCUUUCCCAGACAUUUUAAUCCUAACAGCCCAGACUUUGUGUAGUAAAUGUUGAAAAAAAGAUCAGAUCAUGGCAGUGCCAGCUCUGUUCUCUCUGGAAGUGACAGUAGCAUGUCACUGUAACCUCUACCAACAUAACAAAGAAAUCAGUUGAAAGCCAUGUGCACUGAGUCCUCUUGUCUUGUUUGUGCCAUGCAAAGCCACACUAUUAAAGGCUAGGUUAUUAAAACUGAGAUCCUAGCUCAUUGACUUGUAAUGAAUUUAACUAUGAGGGAAGAAAGAGAGGAAUGCUGUUUUUUUUUUCUUUCAAAACAGAUUUCUUGCCAAAUCUCGUUCCCACGCCUUGUAAGUCAAGAGGAUCUCAUUACCACACAUUAAUUUAAUUAACGAGGGAUAUCACCAGGGGGACCUGCUAAAAUUCAAUGUUAGGAAACACUGAUAAAACUCACAAGUUGGCAAGCCAGCCUGCUGCUACUGGCACUGCUUCUCUUGAAUGAUACUAACAAUGCCAAAUCAAGCAAAAACUGGACAAAAUUCAGAAUGCUCAAGAAUCCCUUUGAAUUAGACUGUCAGUGCUGUUUGCCGAUGGGAAGCUCUAACCAGCUUUGUGAGAGCUGUUCUGUGAAAGUAAUGACAGGGGAGAAAAAUGUAGUUACAUGGUAUAAUUACACCUGGUAAAUUCUGAUACUUACUUUUGAAAUCUUGUAGUGCAAGACCAUCCUAAGCCUGCACCUACCAUGGCACUUCAUGAAGACACUGUUGUUGAUUUCUGUCACACUACAUAGGAUUAUUUAUUUCCUCCUCCAACAUGCCCUAAGAACAAAUCCCACAGAUUUGCUUUGAAACUACUUUUGUCCUGUUGUAAAUUUUCUAUGUUGCUACACAGUAUUGGCACAACACCUUUCUUCCUGAUAACAUGUGCUGGGUGUUUUUAUCAUCAACAAGAAGUGGAUGUGUACAUAUCAGAGCCUUUCUGGCUGAGUGGAUGUACAAUUGAACAUGAAUUAAAAUGGAUACCUGCACACCAGAAUUUAAAAUUCCACAAGUAACACCCAAUUUCACCAUGCAAGUGUGUAUUUCAUUUGUUCCCAGUUUUUGUAUCCUGUCUGUAUGAUAACACCCGGCUCUUAAAAACACACAUAUCCAAUUUGUGUAUCAUUAAGCCAGGGUCUAGUCUACCUGCCUGACAUUCACUUGUAAGGUUAAAUACCCUGUGGCUUGCUUUCAGACCUGAAGUGAAUUUCAGACCGGUCAAAUGAAUAUCGUCUCAGCAUGCAGUUACAAGUGUUUUCAGGCAACUCUUUGAACAUACACGGCCCAAUCCUGCAGUGCCACAGGUUGACCUAUGCCCCCAGCAUUUUGCAGUUUGAAACCUGUGGCAUAACAUCCCUUUUUAUUUGAAUCCUUUGCUCUUAAUUUAAGAGCGAGGAAUUGUAAAAAAAAAAUAAUAAAAAAAAAAAAUGUAAAGAAAAAACAACAACAACAACAACAGCAGAUAAACGUGUUUGUAUGUGUAGCUGUGUGGAAGUAAUCGGCACUAGCUGUAGGUUUCACAGCCAAAGUAAAUAUUUUGCCUUUUAGUAUUCUUUCAAGACAUGUUACAGUGUUUAAAAAUGUAUGGUCAUCAUUAAAUAUAUAAAAGGUUUGCAGUUAA